AUGAUAGGAACAUUAUAUAACACGUCGGGAAUUGAUUUAUCUGAGUGCAAGAUAUCUCAACUAGGAAUUGAGUAUAAAGGUUUUAUUAACAUAACUGUUAGUGGAUUUCGUUGCCAAUUAUGGACAACCGCACAACUACUUCAUAAAAAUAUAAGUGACACAGAUUUUCCGGAGAAAUCUAUGGAACUUGCAAAAAAUUAUUGUAGAAAUCCUACUCGAGAUCGAAGAGGUCCUUGGUGUUACACGUUAGAUUCUACAGUAAUUGAUGAGGAAUGCGAUAUUCCUUUUUGUGAUUAUAAAGAAGAAUGUACAUUUUUCGUGAAGGGACACGGCAUUGGACGACGAUUAUACGUUUUACCAGAAUAUCGUACAGAAGGCUUACGUUUCUCAUUAAAAACAUGGGAACCUGAUCAUCCAGAUUCCAUAACAUUUGUGUUCACUGCUGACGAUGGAUUAAAAUCUCGUUAUAUUCUUAAGAUUGGAGCUUUCGAUAACGAGAAAGUACUCUUGUAUUAUGAAUCAGAAGAAAAAGACAUAAUUUUGGUGAAGAAAAAAACAUUACCACAUUUAUUAUAUCUUGGCAAAUGGAGCAACUUUAUUAUUCGUAUACCUCGAGGACAUGUUCUUCUUUAUUAUGAAGGAACAUCAAAUCCACUAUUUGAAUGGAAACAUCCUGAACCAUCCAAAGCAUUUUUACCAAUUUAUUAUUAUUAUAAUAGCGAAAAAGGUCAUGCGAUAGGAGUUGCUUUCGAUUGUGCCUCAAGAUGCCAUAUAGAGAACACACAAACCAAUCGUUAUACUAGAAUACUUCCACUAUCAAUAUGGUCUAAAGAAGAUGUAGUCAGACCUAAUAAACUAAUGUUAAUGAUUCGUGCCAAAGGUGUUGUUCUAAUACCAUUACUUUUAUUGCCUGCAACAUCAGGAUUUUAUGCACUUACACUCGGUGAACGAGGUCAAUGGAUAUAUUUCUUGAAAAAUACAUAUCCUAGAGUAAGAAUUUAUCACAAAGAGAACGCACUCAAACCAAUAUUCAAUACGAAUUUUUGGACAAAUAUUACCAUAAAAUACCAUAACUUUAAUAAAAAAAGUUAUCGCAUAUAAUCAUACUGCUUUUACUGUGAAGGAAUAUGCAUCAGUAUCACUCCCUUCAGAUUCUAAUAUUGUGAACACUAUUAGAAUUGAAUCACCUAAUUCUGAAAUACAGUGGUCCCAUAAUGGAAUUUUUAUUCAAAACAAUCAUAGACGGGAAAUUAAAGAUUACGAAAUCAUAAUAAAUAGAACAGCAUUAAAUGAUUCGGGUGUAUAUACA